AUGCUCCAAAUCCGACCCCAAUCCAGCAUCAAGGAGCAUUGCUUCCAGCUGCGGCUGCGCUGGCCCGACAGUCCCGCGCGUCUCGUGUGUCGCGAGGUGGACUAUUACAACGAGCUCAUCGCGCACGGCCGCAAGACCCAAGCCCCAUUCCCGUACCACCUGGCGGACUACAUCUGCCGUGUGCUGCGCAUCUCCCCCUUCCGCUACUAUAGCGACCUGCUGCUCGACGUCAUGAAGCAAGAGAAGUCCUACGACACAAUUCCCAACUUCACAGCAGCGGAUGCACUGAGGGAGACGGGCAUCGGGCGCAACCAGUUUAUUGACAUCAUGAACCGCGCCCGCGCCAAGCUGAUGUGGAGGGUGAACCGCGGAAUAGUGAAGGACAUGCUGCCAUUGGAGCCAGUGCCCUUCCCCAUCCAGCCCUGGUGGCUCGUCUGCGUCGUCAACCUCACUGCUGACGAGUACAGAAGGCUGACAGAGGAUGAGCUGAGUGUGAUAGAGCGCGGCGGGCACGAGGGAGACUGCAUGGCGGGCGAGUUUGACGACGACCUCGUGCGUGCGCUGCACUGCAAGGGGCUUGUCUACCUUGACGUCCCCGUCUACCCCAACGACCGCUUCCGUGUGUCAUCGCUGGAGGGCUUUGUGUCCAACAGGAACCAGCAAGGCGAGGACGCUUCUGAAAAGUACGUCUCUGCCUCUUCCUGCCUCGACCUCCUGCCUCUGUUGCCUCUGUCUCUCUCUCAGUUCACCCAUGCCCUCAGCUUUCGGUGCUGCUCUACUCCUCUCUUCGUCACAGCCAGCGAGCAGGCGACAGUGCACGAGAUGGCACUCACCCUCCAAGCGGACGUGCGGCAGCUAGGCGCCGCCAUCUCCCUCGCGUGCCGCCUGGGGUGGGCCGAGAAGGUCCUCGACCUGCACUCGCUCCUCGACCACAUGGACAUGGGGGGGGACGGGGACACCAGCGAUGGGGGCCUCGGCAGUGAGGGGUUUGGUGCUGGAGACGGGGGGACCCCGCUUCCCUACCCCUCCCUUGUGCCCCUGCCCCUCUCAGAGCUGAAGCAGCAUGCAGUGACGCUGUUUGAGGGGGGAAAGCUGUCAGAAAGGAGUGUGGCAGAGCUGUGUGGGGAGCUGAGAGCGGUGGAGAAGACAAGACACAGCUGGAGGGCGAGCUGCACAGAUGCUGAACCCUUUCAUUCAUUGCCCGGGCUGUCACCUUCUCCUCUUCCCUUCAUCCCCUGCUCUCCCCCUCUCGCUCCUCCCCCCCGCCCUUUCGUGCCGACUGUCCACGUCCCCCACAGAGCUGAAGCAACACGCAAACUAAAGCAGCACGCGGUGACUCUGUUUGAAGCAGGAAAACUCUCAGAGCGCAGUGUAGCAGAGCUGUGUGGGGAGCUGCGAGCGGUGGAGAAGACACAGCUGGAGGGCGAGCUGCAGAAGUUCACGGACCACACGCCUUCAGCCUCCGAUACGCCCUCCGCAUCGCAACCCACCUCUUCACAUGCCGACUCUGCAACCGCACCUGAUGGUGUUUCAGGCAGCAGCGCGGCAGGCUCGGAGGGGUCUCGGCUGCAGGAGAAGCCGCUGCACCCACGGGCUGCGUCGUACCCGGCACUGGCAGCAGCAGACGCAGGCGACGAUGACGGCUCCUCUUCUCCUGCUGCCCCGCCCCCUCCCGCUGCAGCCACAUUACCACCAUUACCACCAUCAUCCUCAUCUUCCUCAGCAGCAGCAGCAAUGUCUAACCGAGCCACGUUCAACCGGGUGGAAGUGCUGCGAACAGAGAGCCUACAGGGCCUAGCACCCGCCACGCUGCACCGCCUGCUGCGCAGGGAUUUCGACCUCGUGGUCUCCAUCGUGCCUCUCCCCAAGCCCCUCAACGCCGUCGUCCCUGACGGCUCCGGCCCCGCUCACUUCGCCCACCCGCCCCGCGUUCCUCUCCCCGUGGGCGAAGCUGUUCCUCUACGCGAAAACGGCCUCUGGUCCGGUUUCAGUGGUGCUGAUGAGGGGGCUGAGGCUGAGGUUGCUGCCGCCGCCGCUGGUGACCUCUUGCUGAGACACUCUGCUGUGAUGAUCCAGCCUCUGGCCGCCCCGCCUGCUCCUGCUCCUGGUUUCUCCCGCACUGGGUCGAACUCAGCAGCGAGAGCAGCAGGGGGAGGGGGAGGGGGAGCGGAGGGAGGGUUGUGGGGUGCGGAUGGGGCAGUGGAGGGGGUGGGGGAGGGCGUGGGGUGUCUCACUGAGGAAGGGGAGCCGGAUUUUGCAACGGUUGCUCUCCCUCUGCCCCCUCGCUCUCGGCCUGACCCCAGUGAGGCUCGAGCAGCUGAUGGGGUGUUGUCACAGCCGCAGAAGCCGCAGGGAGGGGGGAGAUCAUUAGGAAGGACGAGGCUGGGGGGUACUGAAACUGCUGGGGAAGCGGUGGGUGGUGCAGCAGGGGGCGACGAGGGACGCAGGAGUGAGGGAGUUGAGGGCGAGGGG